GUCGGACUUUCCACUCCCCGCGGGAGUGGCACCUCAGGCUAUGUCCAGCGCAACUUAUCCCACCUCAAACCGCGGGACACUGUCGCGCCGUAUCCUAAAGACUUUGAAAAGAUGAAGCAUCGACAGCGGCAGCCAGACAAAGAAAUUCUUGAGCAUGAUCGCAAGAGGGAGGUCGAAGUCAAGGUAUUCGAGUUGCGAGACCGCCUCGAAGACGAAGGUGUCGACGAAGAAGAAAUUGAAGAGCAAACAUCCGAGUUGCGCAAAAAGCUGCUCGCCGAACAUAAGGGAGACCGUACCAAUGCCAAAGCCCUGAAGCCACACCAGGUGCAUGAGCUUGCCAAGGCUAAAAUUGAAGAGAGCGAGAAGCUUCGCAAGGCUUUGAAAAUAAGUGAGGACUACGAGGAAGGCAGUCACUGGAGGAAGCAAGAAGAGCGGUUA